AUGUCCGACCAAGACGCUCAUCCAAACAAAUACGGCGAAUUGCGAAGUAACUACAAAUACUAUAUCGAUAUAUACAAUGCGUUAUAUCAGUUAAAAACGGAAAAAGAGGAAGAAUUAAACUCGAUUUACAAAAUGAUCAAAACAGAAUUGAUUGAUUCAAAUAAAUAUCCUCCAGAAAGUAUGAUACGGGGCAUUUUAAAUCUUGUUCCGUAUAAUAAUCACUCUGCAAAGUCAUAUUUAUCUCUUGCCAAACUCAUAUCAGAUGAAUAUCAAAUCAAAGAGGUCAACGAAGUUGCAACUAUUUCAAACUUCUUAUUUUAUAAAGAAUAUGGAAUCAAAUUAAACAAAUCUGAUGACUUCGAAAAAGAUGAUCUUAAAAAUCUGGACAUUCAUACAGAGAAUACAAUAUACAAAGCAAUUAUGAAUAAUGACAAAGAAAAUUUCAUCAUAUUCACAGAACGAGAUGGAUUUGAUAAAGAUCAAAAACUUAAUAGCGAUUUAUACCCAUUUUCUUACGAAGGAUAUUCAUUUCUUGAAUUAUGUUGUUACCAUGGAGCAGUUGAUUGUUUCAAGUUAUUAAGAUCGAAAUUUAAAUCCGAAAUAACUGAUUUAUGUCUGGAAUUUUCAUUUUUAGGGGGAAAUCCGGAGAUCAUGAGUGAAUGUUUGAAAUAUCAAACACCAACUGAUGAAUGCAUGUUUUAUGCAAUUGUUUCUCACAACAUUGAUUUUGUUACAUUCUUGAUGAACGAAUACAAUAUAGAGAUCAAUUUAGAAUAUUGUGGACUUUGGGAUAAUCUUGAAUCCUUUUUAGUUAAUUUCGAUCAAACUAAUGAUAUAAACAAAUGCUUUGUUUAUUCAUCAAUUUUCAAUAUUCCAUCCCUUUUGGAAUACUUUCUUUCACAUGGUGCGAAUAUCGAUGAAAAAAAUAAAGACGGAGAAACAGCACUUCGUAGAGCAGCAUUGAAUAAUAGUAAAGAAGUCGCCGAAGUUCUCAUUUCACAUGGUGCGAAUAUCAAUGAAAAAGAUGAAGAUGGAAAAACCGCACUUCAUAUUGCAGCAUUGAAUAAUAGUAAAGAAGUCGCCGAAGUUCUCAUUUCACAUGGUGCGAAUAUCAAUGAAAAAGAUGAAGAUGGAGAAACUGCACUUCAUAUUGCAGCAUUGAAUAAUAGUAAAGAAGUCGCCGAAGUUCUCAUUUCACAUGGUGCGAAUAUCAAUGAAAAAGAUGAAGAUGGAAAAACCGCACUUCAUAUUGCAGCAUUGAAUAAUAGUAAAGAAGUCGCCGAAGUUUUCAUUUCACAUGGUGCGAAUAUCAAUGAAAAAGAUGAAGAUGGAGAAACCCCACUUCAUAUUGCAGCAUUGAAUAAUAGUAAAGAAGUCGCCGAAGUUCUCAUUUCACAUGGUGCGAAUAUCGAUGAAAAAAAUAAAGACGGAGAAACAGCACUUCGUAGAGCAGCAUUGCGUAAUAGUAAAGAAGUCGCCGAAGUUCUCAUUUCACAUGGUGCGAAUAUCAAUGAAAAAGAUGAAGAUGGAAAAACCGCACUUCAUAUUGCAGCAUUGAAUAAUAGUAAAGAAGUCGCCGAAGUUUUCAUUUCACAUGGUGCGAAUAUCAAUGAAAAAGAUGAAGAUGGAGAAACCCCACUUCAUAUUGCAGCAUUGAAUAAUAGUAAAGAAGUCGCCGAAGUUCUCAUUUCACAUGGUGCGAAUAUCGAUGAAAAAAAUAAAGACGGAGAAACAGCACUUCGUAGAGCAGCAUUGCGUAAUAGUAAAGAAGUCGCCGAAGUUCUCAUUUCACAUGGUGCGAAUAUCGAUGAAAAAGAUGAAGAUGGAAAAACCGCACUUCAUAUUGCAGCAUUGAAUAAUAGUAAAGAAGUCGCCGAAGUUCUCAUUUCACAUGGUGCGAAUAUCGAUGAAAAAGAUGAAGAUGGAGAAACUGCACUUCAUAUUGCAGUAAAUGAAAACAAUACAGAAAUUGCUGAAGUUCUCAUUUCACAUGGUGCAAAUAAUGUUCUUACAUAA